CAUAAAAAUGGUCAUUACCUCGGUAGGAGGUAUCACAAGCACAUAUUUGGACCAAAAUGGGUUUGGAAGAAAACACUACACACACACACACACACGCAAAUCAACCAGAUCAAAUAACGAAGAGGCACAUAUUCCAGCCUCAUACUCUAAUUUGUAAUUCAUGGAAGUGUGUUUUUACUUUCAUGUAUUCUUUUCCUUUAUUUUUCAUAUUUUCUUGUAUUUAGGAAAAGAUCAGUUCAUUGGAUAGAUCUGCACGUUCAAAUAUGGUUAAAAAUGGCAAAAUUUGCAGAAGCAUCACUAUACCACGUACAUGAUCAACACAUACUGAUGCACUGGAUGAAAGAGUUUUAUCUUUCAGGAUCCACGACCAUCCAAUAACGCAUUUCUGACCUCUGCACUGCAGAUGAAGUAUGGCUGUCAUAGAAAGCACACCUGUUACUCUGCAUACCCUGCAUGGUCAUAUCUGCUCUUCUAGGAACGCUCCUUUUAGUUAAAUAUUUCCCCUCCAACAGGUUGGGUGAAUAGUUUUCUGAUGUUUCAUUGGAAAAACGUUUCAUAUCUAAAAAUCUGCAUGCCCAACAUCUGAUACGCAUCUUGACAAAGUGACAAAAUCUGUUUUUGACUGGUUUUCACCAGAAAAUAAGGUUCAAAUAAAGGAUGUAUGAACAUUUUUGUUCCAGGACAGGUUCUGAAGUCUUCAGGACAAGUGGUUACUGACGUUGAGUGAAUGCGUUAACCUUGAACAGGUUCAUGAUGAUGGACAUGGAUGCCAUUUGUGAUAUUAUCAUGUCACUGGUUGCAAGAAAAUGUGGGUAUAUAACCGGAAAGGAUGCUUUAUUGCCAUAAAUGGAAAUGUAGGGGUAUGCACCUGUCUUAUCGUAUGCAGGACUAUACCUAUAAAGCCUUACCAGCUACUCAACUGUAAUAUGCGAGCAGACGCUCUUUAGGUGCAGCUACUAUUUUCUGUAGGUCUCCACCAGGACAGCGACAUGUCUUUGCCUUUGAAAACCUACGGCACCAAGACACUCAGUGUGUACGGGGGCGCCGGGGGUCAAGGAACCCGCGUUUCAUCUUCCAGGCCUGCGUUAUUUUGUGGAUCUUCUUGGCAAUCCAACCGUGCAGAUGGCCUCACUUUGGACAUUUCAGACAACCAAAAAGCCAUCAUGCAGAAUCUAAACGAUCGUCUGGCAUCCUUUAUCCAGAAGGUGCAGUCUCUGAACGGUAAAAAGGCUGAACUGGAGAGGAACAUUAACGAGUGGUGUGCGAGCCACACUGUGGUGUCCAACGAGUACUCGGGAUUCUUGGCCACCAUUGAACGCUUACAAGAUCAGAUUCAGCAAAUCUCUAAGUCCAAUGGUGAGGCUGGACUAAAUAUUCAAAAUGCCUUUCUGGUUGCUGAUGAUUUCAGAAUCAAGUACGAGUUAGAGCUAGCCAUUCGUACAUCAGUGGAGGCAGAAACUGCCCAAAACAGGACGCUCAUGGAUGAGCUUAUCCUAUCCCGUUCAACUCUGGAGAUGGAGUAUGAAAGCCUGAGUGAGGAACGCAUCGUUCUUGAGAAGAACCAUGAGGAGGAGAAAGCUCAGGUUCUUGCACAGGCUGUAGUCCAGGUGGAUGUUUCUGUGGAUGCAGCACCCUCUACAGACCUGAUCGAGACUUUGACAAAGAUGCGAGAAGACUAUGAGGCCGUGACUGCCAAGAAUCGUAGAGACCAGGAGGUCUGGUACCAAAGCACGAUUUCUACGGUGCAAAAGAAAUCCAUCGAGCAGACUGAGGAUUUGGAGCACAACACUGCAGAACUCAGUCAGUUGAAGAGCGACUUCCAUAGGAUGCAGAUUGAACUGCAGACUCAACACAGUACUAGGAUGUCCCUUGAAGGCAGUCUACAAGACUCUGUGACCCGCUACGCAGCGCAGCUAGCAGAGCUCCAAAAAAUCAUCACUGACCUGGAGCACAAGCUCAAGCAGAUUCAUGCUAACAUAACCAACAAAAAAGAAGACUAUGACAACUUGAUGGAGGAGAUCAAAACGUAUAGGUUACUGCUGGAAGGAAACAGCAGUGACCCCCAAGUCGCUCGCAAGAAGAUCGCAGUGAUAAAGAUAAUGGAAAGCAGCCAGACAGUGAAGAUACAUUAAUGACUGAUGUGCGAACACACCUUAAUAAAGCCAAUGUUUUCAACCUAACCCGAUAAGGUCUGUCUGCAGAGUAUGGAAGGAAUGCAUAUAUGAAGAUGAGAGUGGCUCUUGGUGAUCGUACAGAUUUUGUUAGUCAGCUAGUUAACAUGAUACGACAAGAAGACUUCUGAUCGGAUUUAUUCCUCGAUGUGCUAUUCAUAAACGUCAUUAUCGUCACUGCUUAUCCUAUACAUGUAGCAAACAUGAGCUAAGCUGACAGGAAUUCUGAGAGGACUUUUACGACAUAUUUAUAUUUUACAACUCAACUUACAGUGAAGAUAUUUAUAUGUGUGACCUAGAAAUCAUGUCAGCUUAGCUUGUGUUAACUAGCUGACUAGAAUCAGCACCGGUGAUUAUCACAACCCCAAUUCCAAAAACAAGUUGGGACGCGGUGUAAAAUGUAAAUAAACGUAAAUAAAAACAGAAUGCUACGAUUUGGAAAUCUCAUAAACUCAUAUGUGAUUCAGAACAGAACAUAGAAAACAUAGCAAAGGUUUAAACUGAGGAAAUGUACCAUCUUAAGAAAGAAAUCAGGUCAUUUUGAAUUUGAUGACGCCUCAGAAAAGUUGGGACGGGCACAAUAAAAGGCUGGAAAAGUAAGUGUUACUAAAGUAAGUGUUACAUUUGUUUACAUUUUACACCGCGUCCCAACUUUUUAGGAAUUGGGGUUGUAAUAAUCAUCGGUGCUAAUUCUAGUCAGCUAGUUAACACAAGCUAAGCUGACAUGAUUUCUAGAUAUUUCAGUAAUGGUCAUACAUAUAAAUAUCGUCACUGCCGGUGCUAGCUAGAUGGGAUAUAUUUGAGUCUAUAAAGAGCUGAAAGAAAUGCCCAUCAGUACUACUUAAAAACAGACAGUUUGCAGACAGACCCAUCUUAAUCCAGACUUAAUCCAGUAAUCAGACUUACUGCUCUUUAGCUAACAUCACACAAAUGGCAAAUGGGAUCUGCAGUUAUACAGUGUAAGAAAAAGGAAUAUAGAGUGCAGUCUGUAAGUGUUUAUGAAGUGACAACAAAGUUGGUAUUUUGCCCCGGUGUUCCAAAUAAAUUGUUUUUAUGCCUACA